CUCUCGCGUUUCCGGCCGGUCUGAAUUCCGCUUCCGGCCCGACGCUGGCGUCUUUGCUGAGGGUCACAUUGAGCGGGGAGCUGCUUCAGGGGCGUCUUAGGAGUCAGCACCAUGGCAGAAGACAUCAAGACCAAAAUCAAGAACUACCAGACUGCCCCUUUUGACAGCCGCUUCCCCAACCAGAACCAGACCAGGAACUGCUGGCAGAACUACCUGGACUUCCACCGCUGCGAGAAGGCAAUGACUGCUAAAGGGGGUGAUGUCUCCGUGUGCGAAUGGUAUCGGCGUGUGUACAAGUCCCUCUGCCCCAUAUCCUGGGUGCAAGCCUGGGACGACCGCCGGGAAGAAGGCACCUUUCCUGGGAAGAUCUGAACUGGCUCCACUCCAUUUCUCCUCUGUCCUCUGUGCUUCUCCCAGGGUGGUGAAGGGGGACCUGGCUACGUGGUGAUCCCCACCCUGGGAUCCUGAAUCAUGGCUUAAUAAUAAAUACUCGUUGGAAAAGUAUAAGACUGUGAGUGUGUAAAAUAUGUGUAUGAUUGGGCAAGAGGCUGGCGUGGAGUUAGUACCUUGACCAGUAAAAGGGGCUUCAGGGUGAUUAUUUUUGCUAUUUUGUUUUACUUUUUUGUUAACUUUUAUUUUAUUAAACUUUCACCACCUCCUGUG